AGGUAGUUUAAGAGGUGUUUAUUUUACUAGAGAAAGAAAGCACAAUCAACCCUUCACUGCUAAACUUUGAGUCACAACAAUGACAUUGCUAGACUUUCAGUUACGCACGCUGGAAUAUCCCCAUUCCGUGGACUUAACACAAACGGAGUCAAUACGACAGCUCGUUGUAUGGCUGGAGAACAAAAAGAUCCGAGAGUACAAGAUUGCAGAUCGAAAGGCCCUGAACGACACCCAGUCUCCUUCAUGGGAUGCGGCGUUCAAAAAGUACCUGGGCGACCUGGAGUGCCCCCUGCCGCCACCCGCCGGGGGCAGCCCCCCCGCGCUGCUGGCGGCGCUGCAAUGGCUGCUGGCGUAUGCGCUGCACCUGGAAUAUGAGGACAACGCGGACAAGAUCGCAGCAGCAGCAGCGGGUGCUGCGGGUGCUGCCAGCGCGGGCGGGUCGUCCGCGCCUGUGCCGGCCGGGCCACCCGCUGCGUCUGGACAGCUGGCCCCGGCCUCCGCGGGUCAAGCGAAGAAGGACGGCGCAGGAGGCGGCACAGCAGGAGGAAGAGCAGCGGGAGCUGUGAGCGACGCCCCGUUCUGCGACCUUGCGGACCCCGCUACCUUGUCAGCGCUGCAGCAGCUGCUGCGGAUCACCGGAGUGGCACCGGCGGGGGCGGCGGCGGCAGGCGGCGCGGAUGCCGCCUCGGGAGCCUUCGUAGAUCAGCUGCUGGCAGCAGCGGAGCUGUUGGUGUGUUCGGUGGGGCCGGUGUUGCAAGCGGGAGGAGGAGGCGGAGGAGGGAUGUGGGACGCUGGCAAGCCGCCACGACAAGCCCUGGCACGCGUGCCGUUGGGCUUCGAGGUGGAAGGCGAGGCGCUGUCCUCCGCUGCCGCGGCGCUGCGACUGCUGUACAUGCGCGAUCUCCGACGCCUGCAGUCGCAGAUCGACCAUGCGCUAGUGGAGAUGCAGGAGUACACGGCCAACCCGCGCACGGAUGCCAGCCUGGGCAAGGUGGGCCGGUGAGGCUGCCAUACACACGGCGGGGAUCAUCAUAUGCGGUCAAGCCAGGGAAUGCAACGAUCAGCAACAAUUCAUGUCAAAGAACGUUUUCAGGAUCCGGAAUAUUUUGGACUCUACGCUUCUGUGGCGAGCCGCGAGAGGUCGUUCUCCACCACAGCAAGGGAAGGGAGAGGAGCUGCUGACGCAUGCUAGCAUGUGUGUUCCGAAGCUAGCACGUCCUUGCAAAGUUAAUUUGGCGUUGGCAAUGUUGACAGUGCUAGACGGGAGGAGCUGCGCUUUGUGUAGGCAGCAAACCUCUUGCCAAGCUAUGCCCGUCGGAGGCCAAGAAGGGCUUAUGAAAGGGAUUAGUUCGUCUGUGGUGUGGCUUCGGAACGAUCGGAAAUGGUUGUACAGGGGUGAUCCCAGGAGGACGGCAGUUACUAUCGCAUCGGUCGGCUGAGGAAAACACGGUACGGGUGUUGGCAGGGUAUUGGGGCACCAAUCGCCGCUCGCUGGCGUUUAC